AUGGGCGGCGCAGGAGGUCAGAAGAAGCUGAUCAAUCUCCUUCGCGGAUGGCCAUCGCCAAAUCUCCUGCCAGCAGAAUUGCUAAAGACUGCCGCCAGCAGGGCACUAUCUAAUCCAGAGAUCUUCGUGCCGGGCCUCCAAUAUGGUCCGGACCCGGGAUACCAGCCGCUGCGCAAAGAGCUUGCCAAGUUCCUCAGCGACUUUUAUAGCACGACGCCGGAUGCAGAGCGCAUAUGCAUCACUGGCGGUGCAAGCCAGAGCGUGGCAUGCAUCUUGCAGUCUUUUACAGAGCCAGUCUACACGCAGGCGGUAUGGGUCAUCGCCCCGUGCUACUACCUCGCCUGUCCCAUCUUCGAGGACUCUGGCUUCAAGAACCGGUUGAAGGCAGUUCCGGAAGACGACGAAGGUGUCGAUCUGGAGUGGCUUGAGAAAGGCCUGCAGAGUUUUGAGGCUUCUGACCCGGGAAAGCCGGUAUACAAGCAGCCGAACCCGUUUAGAAAAGCGUACAGGCAUAUCGUCUAUGUGGUGCCAACGUGCUCCAACCCGUCUGGCAAAACAAUGAGCCUUAGACGACGGAAAGAGCUGGUGCAGCUGGCUCGUAAAUAUAAUGCUCUUGUCAUCUGUGACGAUGUCUACGAUUUCCUACAGUGGCCGAUCGCCACCUCAGAAGUCCGCUCAUCGGCAACCUCACCUCCGCCGUCUAUACUGCCUCGACUUUCGGACAUCGACUUUGCGAUGGGCCCCAGUUCUCAUGACCCCGAGGGACAGCAAUUUGGUCAUGCCAUCAGCAAUGGUUCUUUCAGUAAGAUCGUCGGCCCCGGGAUUCGCACGGGUUGGGUAGAAGGCACGCGCGACUUUGCAUUUGGUCUGGCGCAAACGGGAUCGACCAAGUCGGGCGGCGCACCGAGUCAAUUCGGAGCUAUGACAGUAUGCGAGAUGAUGAAGAGUGGCGACCUGGCCAGACACCUGGAAGAGUCGUGUCGACCAGCUCUGCAACAUCGUCACAGAUUGAUGAUGGACGCGAUACACGAACAUUUGGGGCCAUUCGGUAUCGAGGUCAUGGACUCAAAUGUGAAAGACGUUCAAGUCUACGGCGGGUAUUUCGUAUGGAUCACAUUUCCUGACGGCCCUACAGCGCAGGACAUCGCAGAACGGGCGUCCGAGGACGAGAACCUCAUUGUCCCACCUGGAGAGAUGUUUGAGGUCAAAGGCGACGAGGAGACCGUCAAAUUCGAGAACAGCAUCCGCUUAUGCUACUCGUGGGAAGAAGAAGAUGAUAUGGUCGAGGGCGUGAGGAGAUUGGGCAGGGUUAUCAAGGCAUUACGGUCGGAGGGGCCCAGGACCGUGGCUAACAAAGAAGCAAAGAAGGGAGGUCUGGAUGCAUUCUUUUGA